GGGGUGCGCGGUUGUGUGUGUGUGUGUGUGUGGUGUGUGUGUGUGUGUGCGCGCUCCCCACGUGGGGCUGACGCGGCAGCCCCGGCCUGAUGCGGGGCUAUAAAGCGGCUCGGCGGCGAGCGAGGCAGAGCAGCAGCAGCCGCCGCCGCCGGCUGCAGCCCCGGCCCCACUCCGCGCCUCUCCGCGCUCCGCUGAGCGGCUCCCGGCCGGCAGCCCCCCAGCAUGAGCCGCGGCCGCCCGCAGCCCCCCGGCGGCCGCCGAGCAGCCCCGCCCCGGCCGGCGGCGCAGUAGGAGCGCGGAGCCCCGCGGAGCCGGGUGGGGCAGGGGGCGAAGGGCGGGGGUGUCCACGCAAGCGGGGUUGAUGUUUAACCUGGAGCGCCCGUUCACGGAGAGGGGCCACUUCUUCUCCUCCAUGGAGUACCAGCGGCAGCUGGAGGAGGAGGAGGGCUACCCGCCUCCCGGCACCAACGGGACCUUCAACGACAGCGGGGCCGGGCCGGGCUGGGGUACGCCGUACCCCCUGCACACCACCAUCACCCUCAUCAGCCUGGCGGGCUUGCUCAUGCUCUUCACCGUCUUCGGCAACGUCCUGGUCAUCAUCGCUGUCUUCACCAGCCGGGCGCUGAAGGCCCCCCAGAAUCUCUUCCUGGUCUCCUUAGCCUCGGCCGACAUCCUGGUGGCCACGCUGGUCAUCCCUUUCUCCCUGGCAAAUGAAGUGAUGGGGUACUGGUACUUCGGCAAAGUCUGGUGUGAGAUCUACCUGGCCUUGGAUGUGCUGUUCUGCACCUCCUCCAUCGUGCACUUGUGUGCCAUCAGCUUGGACCGUUACUGGUCUAUCACACAAGCCAUCGAGUACAACCUCAAGCGUACCCCACGCCGCAUCAAGUGCAUCAUCUUCAUUGUCUGGGUCAUCUCGGCUGUCAUCUCCUUCCCGCCACUCAUCUCCAUUGAGAAGAAGAGUGGGGAGCAGGCUGACCAGGGGGUGGCAGCGUGCAAGAUCAACGAUGAGAAGUGGUACAUCAUCUCUUCUAGCAUCGGCUCUUUCUUUGCCCCCUGCCUCAUCAUGAUCCUUGUCUACAUGCGCAUCUACCAGAUAGCCAAGAGGCGAACCAGGGUACCGCCAAACAAGCGGGCAGAGCGCCCCGAGAAGAGGCAGAAUGGCUUGGCCGACAAGGAGGACCUGCCAGCCACAGCCCAGCUCAAUGGGGAGAAGGCAGCAGGAGGUGGCGGCGGGCAGGAGGGAGAGGUCAACGGCAUAGACAUGGAGGAGACCUCUUCCUCUGAGCACCAGGAGAACAACAAGUGUAAGAAGACAGAGAGACCGUCGAGGGGAAAGACCAAGACUAAACUGAGCCAGAUUAAACCUGGGGACAGUUUGCCCAGGAAGGCAGAGGAGGAGAGGAACACCAAAGGGUCCCGGUGGAGGGGCAGGCAGAACCGGGAGAAGCGCUUCACCUUUGUGCUGGCGGUGGUGAUCGGGGUCUUUGUCAUCUGCUGGUUCCCCUUCUUCUUCACCUACACGCUGAUGGCCGUCUGCAAGAGCUGCUCUGUGCCCGACACCCUCUUCAAGUUCUUCUUCUGGUUUGGUUACUGCAAUAGCUCCUUGAACCCCGUCAUCUAUACCAUUUUCAACCACGACUUCAGACGGGCCUUCAAAAGGAUCCUCUGCAGGAUAGAGAGGAAAAGGAUUGUUUGAAGGACCCUUUGCCAUAGGCAGGACUACUUCAAGACUUUGUAAGAGAAUAAGGCAUGGCUCUCUUGGGCUGUGCUUGCAUGGGAUGGUUUCCUUCAGCUCGUGAACAGGAAGCCUUUAAAACCCGAGAUGAGCCUAUGGAAACGCCGAGCAGCAGCAGCGAGGAGCAGCAGGCAAGUGGAAGUCUGAGACGUGGCAUUUGGCUUUCCAGGGGAGGAUGGCUUUUGACUUGGUUUGUUUUGCUAGUUUUUUUUUUUUCUUUUGCCAGAAUCUCAGUGGAUAUUUCCAUGACUGCUCACUUUGACUCUUUAAAGAAAAGCGACAUGCAGAUGAACAGCAAAGAGGGAGUAUGCCACCCCAGAGGUUGUUGGCUUUUUUAUUGUAUCUUUUUUUUUUUCUCCUGUUGUAUGUGUAAUUAAUUUUAACCCCCUUGUAAAAUACAGUAUUGUAUCCCUGAACCUGAAUGUCUUAAUUUUUGUAAGGCAAGCAGCUUUGAAACUGUGAAUGCUUUAAUUAUCUUUGACACGUUGAAAGUCCCUCUAUUCCCACCCCUCAAAACCCACUUCACUCAAAACCGCUGAACAACUAGAGCCAUUCCCCCUACCUGACAGUUUGAUAAUAUUACCAAAAUUGCCAAUAUCCCGUCGGGGGGUUUUUUUUUGGCUAUAAAGCUUAGUAUCACAGAACUCACCAGACUGGCUAUUUCUCUUCUGUUUUAAUUUCUAUGUUGCCUGUGAUACAACGCAGCUGAGGUGGUAACUGCCCCCUCGCUACUCGUUAAAGCAGACCCUGACGGAGCGGUGGCUUUGCUGUGCAGGCAGGGACGUCCCGGGCGAUGGAGUGACAGGCAAUAUCCCGUGCAACCCGAGGCUUGGGACCCGGCCAAGCUUCCCGACGAGUUAAUCUGGGUUGAUGUUAUACCCCGCCGCAGCACCCAAACGUGUUUGAUGCGAACUCGCUUGCCCCGCCUCCGACUGUAAAUAGAUAACAUUUCAAAGCAAACAGCAGAGUUCCAUACGUCACGUUAUCUCAUUUCUGUUGGAUUUGUGAUGGUUUAACUCCUGCGGGAUUUCCCGCAGAGGAGGAGGGGGUUUGAGCGCAGGGGCUGUUCCACCUGUCUGCAUUAAGCGUGAAGAGUUCAGUUUUUAUUCUGCCAGUCUCAUUUUUCCUAGGAAAUGGGAAAGCAUCCCUCUUUCAGUCUUAUACAGGGCAAAACUCCGAAAUGGGAAACUUAACUGACAGUUUUUCCAGUAUUUUAUAGUGUAAUUAAGCUUUUUUUUUUUUAAAAAAAAGAAAAAAGAAACGUGUAAAUAUUGUGAGAUUGGAGCAGGAGAGAGAGUUAGUACUGCUUUUACACUCCUUUCCUGGAAUGUCUUUCAGCUCUUUCUGCUAAAAAAAAAAUAAAUAAUACAAAAAUGGACAGAACAAAUCUAACGUCCUUGUGCCAUGAAGAAAUUUCUGGACAAUAUUAAAAGGAAAAACUUUUGAUCCAUCACAAUAAAUGAGUCUGUGAGCCUUUUAAUGUUAUGAAAAUAGCUUUACUGACAAGUCAUAGAAAUUCUUUGGAGAAAGCAAAGUUUGUGUAAGUCUCAUGUAUAAGAUGAAUUUGCCUGUUUUGGAGUUGUAUGGUGCACAGGAAGCAACUUUAAAGAAAAUACCUUUUUACUUUUGGGAAGUGUUUUGUUGAUUUUGCUCUCUCUUUUGACUUUGUAAUUAACUCCAAGGGUCCCCAGAUGCAUCUUGGGACCUGGAGAGCAAUGUUUACAUUCACUUGCAUUUUCAGAAUUGAAUCCUCAAGAGGUGAGGAAACCAAAUAAACUGUGCUUUACUGUAAAAAAAAAACACAAAACAAAAACAACACACAACAAACAGACCACGAGCAGAAGUUGCUAUAAUGGAUGAUUAUUUUUAUUAAAUAAAA